AUGACUUCAUAUAGCUGCUGCUUGAUUCUUUUGCUGUUUACCUGGAGCACUGCUGCCUAUGGGCCAAACCAACGGGCACAGAAGAAGGGAGACAUUAUUCUUGGAGGAUUGUUCCCCAUUCAUUUUGGAGUGGCUGCUAAAGACCAGGAUCUAAAAUCAAGGCCAGAAUCAGUGGAGUGUAUAAGGUAUAAUUUCCGAGGCUUCCGCUGGCUCCAGGCUAUGAUCUUUGCCAUAGAAGAAAUAAACAGUAGCCCAACUCUCCUUCCCAACAUGACCCUGGGAUAUAGGAUAUUUGACACUUGCAAUACAGUCUCAAAAGCCCUGGAGGCCACACUGAGUUUUGUGGCCCAGAACAAGAUAGACUCCUUGAACCUGGAUGAAUUCUGUAAUUGCUCAGAACAUAUCCCUUCCACCAUUGCAGUCGUGGGAGCAACUGGCUCUGGUAUCUCCACUGCUGUGGCCAAUCUGCUGGGACUCUUUUACAUACCUCAGGUCAGCUAUGCCUCAUCCAGUCGUCUCCUGAGCAAUAAGAACCAGUUCAAGUCCUUCCUGCGCACAAUCCCCAAUGAUGAGCAUCAGGCCACAGCCAUGGCAGACAUCAUCGAGUACUUUCGCUGGAACUGGGUGGGAACAAUUGCAGCUGAUGAUGACUAUGGCCGGCCAGGGAUUGAAAAAUUUCGGGAAGAGGCGGAGGAGAGAGAUAUCUGCAUUGAUUUUAGCGAGCUCAUCUCCCAGUACUCAGACGAAGAGGAGAUCCAGCAGGUGGUAGAGGUCAUCCAGAACUCCACAGCAAGAGUGAUUGUUGUCUUUUCCAGUGGCCCAGAUCUGGAGCCUCUCAUCAAAGAGAUUGUCAGGAGAAACAUCACUGGCAAGAUCUGGCUGGCAAGCGAGGCUUGGGCCAGCUCUUCCCUAAUAGCCAUGCCGGAGUUCUUCCGUGUCAUCGGCAGCACCAUCGGGUUUGCACUGAAGGCAGGACAGAUCCCAGGCUUUCGUGAGUUCCUGCAGAAGGUGCAUCCCAAGUCCACCAACAACGGCUUUGCCAAGGAGUUUUGGGAGGAGACAUUUAACUGCUAUCUCCCUGAUGGAUCCAAAAAUUCUCCUGCUUCAACUUCCUUCCACAAGGGCCACGAAGAGGGGCUGGGAGCUGGAAAUGGAACAUCUGCCUUCCGACCUCCGUGCACGGGGGAUGAGAACAUCACCAGCGUGGAGACGCCAUACAUGGACUACACACACUUGCGGAUAUCCUAUAACGUGUACUUGGCAGUGUAUUCCAUCGCCCAUGCCUUGCAGGAUAUUUAUACCUGUACCCCUGGGAAGGGACUCUUCACCAACGGGUCCUGUGCAGACAUAAAGAAGGUGGAGGCAUGGCAGGUUCUCAAGCAUCUGCGACACUUGAAUUUCACCAAUAACAUGGGGGAGCAGGUGGAUUUUGAUGAGUUUGGGGACCUGGUAGGAAAUUACUCAAUAAUCAAUUGGCAUCUCUCUCCGGAGGAUGGCUCAGUCGUCUUUGAAGAGGUUGGGCACUACAACGUUUAUGCCAAGAAAGGGGAGAGGCUUUUUAUCAAUGAAAACAAGAUCCUGUGGGGUGGACUCUCUAAGGAGGUGCCUUUCUCCAACUGCAGCAGGGACUGCCUGCCAGGCACGAGGAAGGGCAUCAUUGAGGGGGAGCCCACCUGCUGCUUCGAGUGCGUGGACUGCCCCGACGGGGAGUACAGUGACGAGACAGAUGCAAGUGCCUGUGACAAGUGCCCUGAGGAUUACUGGUCCAAUGAGAACCACACGUCCUGCAUCCCCAAGCAGAUAGAGUUUCUGGCUUGGACUGAGCCCUUUGGGAUUGCUCUGACUCUCUUUGCUGUGCUCGGAAUUUUCCUGACUUCUUUUGUUCUGGGAGUCUUCACCAAAUUUCGCAACACACCCAUCGUCAAGGCCACAAACCGGGAGCUAUCCUACCUCCUCCUCUUUUCCUUGCUAUGCUGCUUCUCCAGCUCAUUGUUCUUCAUUGGUGAGCCCCAGAAUUGGACUUGCCGUCUGCGGCAGCCAGCUUUUGGCAUCAGCUUUGUCCUCUGCAUCUCCUGCAUCCUGGUGAAAACCAACCGUGUCCUUCUUGUCUUCGAAGCAAAGAUCCCCACGAGUCUCCACCGAAAGUGGUGGGGCCUGAACCUUCAGUUCCUCCUGGUCUUCUUGUGCACGUUUGUGCAGAUUGUCAUCUGUGUGAUUUGGCUCUAUACGGCCCCGCCAUCCAGUUACCGAAACCAUGAACUGGAAGAUGAGAUCAUCUUCAUCACCUGCCACGAAGGCUCCCUGAUGGCCCUCGGCUUCCUCAUUGGCUACACCUGCCUACUGGCGGCCAUCUGUUUCUUCUUUGCCUUCAAGUCUCGAAAGCUGCCUGAGAAUUUUAACGAGGCCAAGUUCAUCACCUUCAGCAUGCUGAUAUUCUUCAUCGUAUGGAUCUCUUUCAUCCCUGCUUACGCCAGCACGUACGGCAAGUUCGUGUCUGCUGUGGAGGUGAUUGCAAUACUGGCUGCCAGCUUUGGGCUUCUGGCCUGCAUCUUCUUCAACAAAGUCUACAUCAUCCUCUUCAAGCCCUCCCGCAACACAAUCGAGGAGGUGCGCUGCAGUACAGCUGCCCACGCUUUCAAAGUGGCUGCCAGGGCCACACUGAGACGGAGCAACGUGUCCCGCAAGCGCUCCAACAGCCUGGGGGGCUCCACCGGUUCCACCCCUUCCUCCUCCAUCAGCAGCAAGAGCAACCACGAGGACCCUUUUCCUCUGCCAGCCUGCGCCGAGCGGCAGCGCCAGCAGCAGCGUGGGUGCAAGCAGAAAGUCAGCUUUGGGAGUGGAACGGUGACGCUGUCGCUGAGCUUCGAGGAGCCGCAGAAGAACGCCAUGGCCAACAGGAACGCCAAGCGCCGGAACUCCCUGGAGGCCCAGAACAGUGACGACAGCCUGAUGCGGCACCGGGCCCUGCUUCCCCUGCAGAUCAAUGAGCCCCUCGGGGCUGAGCCCGGCUUCCAGGCAGCUUCCAGCCCGGAGACCAGCUCGCAGGAGUCGGUGGUGGGAGACAACAAAGAAGAGGGACCGAGCCCUGAGGCGGAGCCUUCCCUGCCGUCGGUUAACUCCCGAAAUUUUAUAGGCACUGGAGGUGGCUCUGUCACAGAGAACACGGUACAUUCCUAA